AAUAUUAAAAACUAUCCAUAUCAGACGAGACUUUAUCCGCGAGUAUUUGCGCUGGAGAUAACAAGGCUUAAGCAAAAAUUUAAUGAUGAUAAAUAUAUUUGCAAUAUAGUUUAAUCACAAUAUUAAUAUUCGACUUAGCGGAAACUCCCGACUAACUAUCAGCGAGGAGUUCCAUGUGAUAAUGCUUGUAACGGACAUCGGUGGCUCUAGAAAGCGGUCCAAUAAUGAGUGGAACGCGAUGGAGAGUGUCGGAGUCGUCCGAAAGCGGCAGAUCAGAUGGCGUUCCUUUUGUCCCAAUGAUUUGUACGGAUCCUACAAAAGUAAAAAAACAGCUCGAAGAUCGGAGGACGUGGAGGCUAAGUCGGAGGAGAACAGCACUCUCUGCUGCUGUGAGUACGUGGGGGAGAAGAGCCAAAAGCGAUCGCACAUCUUAGGAUGCUGUUGUAACUGCGUUGACUUCGACUUGGUGUGCACAAGACUUGUCACUUGCCGAGCUAUCGAUCGAAGGAACAUAGACGGUAUGCUGAUCGCCUUUCAGGACCGACUACGUCUGCCAUGGCGCGGCGGAGCCAAGCGAAUUUCGCCGGCAGCCGUGGCUCCGGCGUUUAUUGUCCCACUCAUGCUGGGAUUGGCCACUUUGAACUCAAAAACAGCCGUGGUGCUGAUGCUCACUUUGGUGGGCUUCACCAUCUGGGGCGUUCAGUUAGCCAAGAAAACGGCCACGCGAACCAACUUCUUUCUGAGCUGGCUGGUCUUCUCGGUGCUAUACAUGAUUAUCAUAUUUGAGUUCCAGGUGCCACUGCUGGAGCUGGCGCCCGAGGAAAAUUAUGCGCUGAUGUUCUUCUCCUGUGCAGCCCUAUACUGUCUCUAUUCCACCAAGGUUCUGUCUCCUUUGAAUCUUGUCUCGGCCCAAUAUGGAACCACGCCCAAGGAUGAGUUACCAGGUAUCGCGGAGGCUUCUAGUAGCGAGGAACAGGCAGAGGCCCAGAUCACGCUCCAGAUGGACAGUGUAUUAAGUCUGGAAGACGAUGACGAGGUGGUGGACAUGGACACUGCUGAACGGUCGGGCCUGAUGCAUGGGCAGCCCAACAUCUGCGAGAUCUGCCGAAAAGUGACACCUAGACGGGCAUACCACUGUCUCAUUUGCGGAACUUGCGUGAAAAGGCGGGAUCACCACAGCUACUGGCUUAACUGCUGCAUCGGGGAGCGGAACUACGUGUGGUACAUAGUCGGGCUGGCUCUGUCGGAGAUUGCACUCCUGCUGGGUGCUAACUUAACCCUCACUUCGAUUUGCCAUCCGUUUAUGGUGGUGCGGCCACUGGGCUAUCCUGUGCUCCUGCCCGACGACUGCAGUGAGGUGUUUGAAGGCUUUGAGCUUGGAAUCUCCUUUGUUGUGGCUUGCUAUGCCCUGCUCAUCUCCGCCUACGUCGCCUUUAUACUCACUCGGCAGGCCUACUUGUGGUGGAAGGGCUCCACUCUGCACGAAUACAAACGUGCCUCUAACGCCGCAGGUCGCAACAGAAUCUGGAGCAAUUGGCGAGCCAUUCUGAAGUGAUCGCUCACAUACCAAAAAGUAGAAAGCACAAGCUUGUCGCCCAAAUACAAAAGUAUUUCACUAUAAACGCUGUUCCCCUGGUAGUCGUACUUAGUCGUAGCGCUUUAAGGUCUUAUAUGCAAUUUCAAAUUUAUUCAAAAUAAAUAUAAUUAAGAAACUAUAAAGUGAA